AUGGCCUGGGGUGAUCUUCCUAAAGAGGGCCGCACGCUGGACCCUUUGAGUGACGACUUGCGGCAUGGACUGACUGCUGUUGCUACCCUUGCGUUUAUCUCCUUCUUUUCUGCGAGCAUUCUCUUCUUUUACCUCGUCUACAAGCUCACGACAUGGAGCCUUUUUAUAAAAUCGCAGUCCGAUGGACACCUUCAACAACAAACGGGACCAAUCCAGAGAGCGAUUGACUUUUCGCUAGGCAUUGACGGCAUAUUCUCCGAUAACAAUGAAGAGUCUGGUAAAAAGGGAGAUGGUGUACCAGAACCUCGGAAGCCCAAUCAAUUUCUCGUCCUGAUCAUCAACCUUCUCCUCGCCGAUAUGCAUCAGGGUGUGGCAUUCUUCCUCAAUGCUGCAUGGCUUCAAAAUAAUGCAAUCAUGGUAGGAACAGCGACUUGCUACACACAGGGACUCUUCGUGUCGCUUGGCGAUUUAGCCUCGAGCAUGUUCAUCACUGCCAUCGCUGUGCACACAUACUUGGCCGUUGUGAAGGGACGACAGACACCACAGAGGGUCCUGUAUGGUGUCAUCAUAGGCAUUUGGAUAUUUGUUUAUGCCAUUUCGCUUAUACCUAUUGCUAUCACUAGCAACGGCGCAGAGUACGGAGGCUUCUUUGUCCGUGCUGGCAGUUGGUGCUGGAUGAACAGAAAGUACGAAAACUUGCGACUCUUCACCCAUUAUCUCUACAUCUUCAUCGGUCUAGCCACCACGUCAAUCCUCUACACCAUCAUCUUCCUCCACAUCCGCCGCCAAGCUCGCUUGCGAUCAUCGGAUGAUGAUACGGAGUCGGUACACCUUGAACUCAACCGCAACCCAGCCUUCCUGAUAUACCCCGUCAUAUACGUCCUGUGUACCCUCCCUCUGGCAGCUGGCCGUAUCGCAACAAUGGCUGGUGCCAACGUACCGAACGGAUACUUUUGUUUUGCUGGCGCAAUGAUCGCUUCCAACGGCUCCUUCGAUUGCUUGCUGUUUGGUACCACCAGAAACACCAUUAUCUUUGCAUCGAAAUACGACGUCUCCUCAAAUAACGUGGGUCUAAGCACGUUUAAUUUCCUCAAGACACCUACGAACCGAAGAUUCGGAAAUACCAUCUCUAUUCAAGGCGGGAGACAGAAGGAUGAAGACGUCGCUACAGGAGGAUGGUGGACGUGGGCCUCAAGAGGACCUAGCUCCAGUAACAGAAGUCACAGAGGCAUGACCCGCACCACAAGUCAGGAGUCCUUGAGAGGACCGGCUAUCCAGAUGGAUACUGUGACAUCGGUGGUAGUUGAGGUUGAUGAUACUACGGAGCGAGACCCUAGGUACCCCGAUACAAGCGCCAGCUCCAAUCCGUCGCUUGUUAGCUCGGAGAAGGAUUUUACAAAAGUGGCCGAGAGAAGACUGGAUAGAUAUUGA